ACAUCAGUUUGCAUAGAUAAGGUUAAAAAUGUGACUUUAUGUUGAUAGUUCAUCAACAUUCACAAAACAAAAUGGUUAAACCGGAGUCUGAGAUGCCGAAGUACGGUACACGGCAUGUACUGGUGCUAAUGGGCUUGCUAGGGUUUGCCAACGUAUACUGUAUGCGUGUUAACCUAUCAGUGGCAAUUGUGGCGAUGGUAAAUAAUACAGCUAUACAUCAUCAACAAGACCAUUCAAGUAAUGAAUGUUCGCCUGGUCAAAACCUCCCAGAAACGAACUCUUCAGCCACCAGUACUGCAAAAGAGGGACCGUUCGCAUGGGACGAAAAAACUCAGGGGCGUAUACUGGGAGCAUUUUUCUAUGGAUAUGUUCUAACUCAAGUUCCAGGUGGCCGCCUUGCCGAACUUUUUGGCGGGAAAUGGUUGUUUGGAGGAGGGGUUUUCAUCACAGCUGUUUUUACGCUGCUUACUCCACUGGCCGCUAAGACUAGCAUCUACCUAUUCUAUGCAGUCCGUGUAGUUGAAGGGCUAGGGGAGGGGGUCACAUUCCCCGCCAUGCUCGCUAUGCUUGCUAAAUGGGCGACACCGGCUGAACGGAGCAGGUUUGUUUCUUAUGCGUACGCAGGCUCUUCUUUUGGUACUGUUGUUUCAUUGCCAAUAUCAGGUUUGUUAUGUGAUUAUGUUGGCUGGGAAUCUGUGUUCUAUGUAUUUGGAGUACUCGGCGUGGUUUGGUUUGUAGGCUGGAUAUUUCUAGCAUAUGAUUCUCCAGAGGUUCAUCCCAGGAUAUCAGAGCAAGAGAAAAUAUAUAUUAUGUCUUCUCUAGUAGAGAGUGAGAUGUCUAAACCUAAAUCUAUUCCAUGGAAAGGAAUUGUUUGCUCUGGACCAGUUUGGGGAAUAGCAGCUGCACAUAUUACGCAGAAUUUUGGAUAUUAUGUUCUGUUGACCGAGCUCCCGUCUUAUUUAAAAAUACUGCCUCUAAAAUCAAGAAUACGAGGUUUUUUUCACAACAAAUCUCCAGAUUCACGUUUUUCUUUGAAAUUAUUCAUCAUCUCUUAUAGUUUAUAUAAAUUCGACAGAAAUAUACGUAUGCUGUCCUGUCAUAUAAUUUUUGAGUCCGGGCUGAGUUUGAAGUGCCGCCAGGUGUACUCAAGAACUGGAACAAGGAAGAUUGCAAACACUAUUGCUACUCAAGUUCCUGCCCUUGCUCUGCUAGGAGCAUCAUUCAGUGGGUGUAAUAAAACCUUAUCUGUUGCUCUUCUAACCCUUGCAGUUGGAGCUAAUGGAGCUAUUUUCUCAGGAGAGCAGUCAGCCAUGCUAGAUAUUGGUAAUAAUUUUGCUGGAACUCUGAUGGGAAUAAUUAAUGCUCUGGGAAACACAAUGGGCUUUAUUGCUCCGACAUUUACUGGACUAAUCACAAACGACCAUAAUGAUACCGCACACUGGCAGAUUGUAUUCUUUGUUGCUGUUUUCAUAUACUGGGUUGGAAACUGUAUAUUUUUACUUCUUGGUAGCUCCGAGGAGCAAGCGUGGAACAGAAUAUCAACAGUAACCCAGGAGCCUGGAAAUACUUCAACAGUAUCAAGAGGGAGACGAGAAGAGAACUUUUAUUGAGAACUCAAACUGAUUUGUUCCAUACAUUUACUAAAAAGUAUUGUUACAAAAAAUUAUUUUUAUGACUAAAAACAAAUUUAAAAAAUACAUUUUUGUUUAACUACACUGUACAGAUGUACUUUUUCAGGUUAUUAAGACACAAUUAUAUUAUAUUAGCAUA